UCUAAACCGUAGAAGAAGAAUCAUAGCGGUGGAAGCGGAAGUAAAUGUUGUGUUGUGCAGUGUUCCGCUGUGUAAACAAAAGAGUUAAAUUAAAUUAAUUCACUACUUCACACGUUUAGUUCACGAUGGUUAUGACAGCUAAUUAGUUUUUGUGUUUCAGAUGUUCUGAAUGACUGUGGUGACAUUACUUCCUUUUGGACAUUAACCGGACAAAUCUGUCAUGGACAGCGAAGUGUCAGACUUUGAACAGCCUCCCGGACCCGAGACGAGUCUGAACCGGAGCAAUGCACCUGUUUAUUGUGUCUGUCGCAAACCAGACAUUAACUGCUUUAUGAUUGGUUGUGACAACUGCAGUGAGUGGUUUCAUGGAGACUGCAUUAAUAUAUCUGAGAAGGUGGCUAAAACCAUCCGCGUGUGGUACUGUGAAAAGUGUCGAGGUAAAGAUGAUACCUUAGAGAUCAAAUACCGUCCCAAGAAAAGCCGGGAGAAAGAAGGAGAGACAGACGGGACCGAUAACCAGCCCGACACACCAGAUUUCAAAUCAGAUGGACGGCGAGGGUCACGGAUUAAGCGCUCCGCUCGCAUGUGUGGAGAAUGUGAAGCCUGCAUGCGCACAGAGGACUGUGGACUGUGCGACUUCUGUAAAGACAUGAAGAAGUUUGGUGGCCCGAAUAAGAUCAGGCAGAAAUGCCGACUGAGGCAAUGUGAAGUGCGCGCUAGGGUUGCCACGCCAGUAAACACAUCAUCAGAGGAAAAGAUGAUGUCGUUGAAAGAGAAAAUGUUGCGAGUGAAGGAUGAGGAGUACUCCAUGUCUAAAGGCAGAGACUAUCAAGACGGCACACUGUCAGAAGACUAUAGUGAGAAUGAGAUGGAGCUGUAUCAGCAGUACUGCGCUGGGCAGUAUGGAGAACAAAGCACGGGUUGGAACAGUGAUGAUGAUGAUGGUUCAUAUGCUGAUUCAGCUCUGAGAAAGAGAGCUGUUAAGGUCAAACAUGUGAAAAGAAGAGAAAAGCGAUCUGAAAAAAAGAAAGAGGAGAAUAAGUCUCGGAAGCACAAACCCAAACAGAAGCACCGCGACCGGGUGAGACACAGCGAGCGGCCAGAGGUCCGAGAAACCGGAGGAGCCAGACAAUGCCUCGGACCCGGAUGUGUCGAAGCCGCACGCGCCAACUCCAAAUACUGCUCUGAUGACUGCGGCAUGAAGCUCGCUGCCAAUCGAAUCUACGAGAUCCUGCCCCAGCGUAUCCAGCAGUGGCAGCAGAGUCCGUGCAUUGCAGAAGAACAGGCCAAGAAACUUCUGGAGCGAAUCCGCCGUGAGCAACAGUCAGCUCGCAUGCGACUCACUGAAAUGGAAAAACGCUUCCACGAGCUGGAGGGCAUCAUAGCUAAGGCCAAACAGCAGGUCGUACAGCAUGACGAAGAGGUCAACGAGGGCGAUGAUGACACAGAUUUUCAAAUCUUCUGCGUGUCCUGCAGUCACCCAGUUAAUCCCAAGGUGGCACUGCGUCACAUGGAAAGGUGCUAUGCCAAGUAUGAGAGUCAGACAUCAUUUGGCUCAAUGUACCCCACACGCAUAGAGGGGGCUACACGGCUCUUCUGUGAUGUUUACAAUCCACAGAGCAAAACCUACUGUAAGAGACUGCAGGUUCUCUGUCCAGAGCACUCCAGAGACCCCAAGGUCCCUGCGGACGAGGUCUGUGGGUGUCCAUUGGUUCGUGAUGUAUUCGAACCCACCGGAGAAUAUUGCAGGGUGUCCAAACGCAAGUGUAACAAACACUACUGCUGGGAGAAACUCCGCAGGGCCGAAGUGGACCUGGAACGAGUCCGAGUGUGGUACAAGUUGGAUGAAUUGUUUGAGCAGGAGCGCAAUGUAAGAACAGCCAUGACGAAUCGUGCAGGUCUCAUGGCCCUCAUGCUGCACCAGACAAUUCAACAUGACCCAAUUACCACAGAUCUGAGAACCAGCAAGGACAGAUAAGAGAAAACGAACAGUUGCUGCUGAAGUCGCCUCACAUUUGUGAAGAUUUGAGUCUGUGUCUUAGCAGUUGUUUGUUGAAACUAAUUCAUGUACGACACUCAUGUUUCUGUAUUGUAUUUGCAUUAAUGUAACCCUUGGCUUCACUCUUUCAAUGGUGCUAUGACAACACUGAAUUGUUGUGCUUACAUUUUUUAGAUUUUUAAUUAAUCUCAUAACCAUUUAUUGUCCAUUAAAAAAAUAUUAUAGAGAUAUAA